AUGGAUUAUCAGAAAACUGUUGUUAAAAAGUAUGCCAAAGUACACAGCUCGAAAAACACUGCCGAGGCCAAAUAUUGGAAGCGAUUCAAGUCUCCCAUUGUUAUUAAAGAGUUCGCCAGCGUUUCUUCCAUUUUCUUUUCGCCAGUUGCACCAUACGACUUUGCAGUUACCUCAUCUACUCGUGUACAAAUCUACUCAUCUAAAACGCAUCAACCUAAAAAGACCAUUUCCCGAUUCAAAGACAUCGCCUAUUCAGGUAGCUUUCGUCAAGAUGGUAAGUUGAUCGUUGCAGGUGAUGCUACCGGUCUUGUUCAGAUGUUUGAUGGUGGAUCUCGUGCUAUUUUGAGAUCAUUCAAAGCACACAACUUACCUACACAAGUAACGCAAUUUUCAACCAACAAAUCCAACAUUCUAUCUGCAUCAGACGAUAAAACUGUGCGUAUUUGGGACAUUCCAUCUGGGGAGAGCGUCAACAUAUUUGAGGAACACGAUGAUUAUGUCAGAGCUGGUGUCGUCAGUCAGGACAACCCCAACUUAUUUGUGAGUGGCUCUUACGAUCAAACAGUGAAAUUGUGGGAUAUGAGACAAAGCGAAAGUGUUAUGACAAUGAACCAUGGAGCACCUGUCGAAUCACUUUUGAUCUACCCCAACGGAGGCGCUGUUAUUUCAUCUGGUGGACCAGUGAUCAAAGUAUGGGAUUUAUUAAGUGGUGGACGAUGCAUGCACACACUAGGCAAUCAUCAAAAGACAGUAACCAGCAUGUGCUUUGAUGGAUCAGCAUCUCGUUUGGUGACCGGCUCACUGGAUCAGCAUGUCAAGAUUUACGAUGUGCAAGAUUACAAGGUGGUGCACAGUGUCAAAUAUCCUGCACCUAUUCUAAGUGUUGGACUUUCACCUGAUGAUACCCAUCUCGCAGCCGGUAUGUCAAAUGGCCUAUUAUCCAUUCGUCAACGCCAAAUCAAAUCAUCUGAGAAGGCGAUAAAGAAGCAAAACCAGGACUAUAUUCGAGCAGGCACCUACAAGUAUUUCAUGCGUGGACAAUCGAAUACGGCAGCCAAGGACGAUUUCGUUGUGGAGCACACAAAGAGACAGAGAUUGAAGAAAUACGAUCAAUUCAUGAAGGUGUUCCAAUACUCGAAUGCGUUGGAUGAAGUUUUACGAGUCAGCAUUCAAACACCCGUUGUCGUCGCUGCAGUGCUUCAAGAAUUGAUUCAUCGUGAUGGCUUGAAGCAAGCGAUUACAGGUCGUGAUGAUGUGUCAUUGGAGCCUUUAAUGCGCUUCUUGAUCAGAAAUAUCCAUCAUCCUAGAUUUACAAACUUAUUGGUCGAUGUAUCAGAAGCUGUUAUCGAUUGUUAUACUCGUGUCUUUGGUCAAUCUCCACUCAUUGAUGACCUUUUAUCUCGUUUAACAGUGAAAGUCAAGCAAGAGAUCCAGCUCCAAAAAGACCUUAUUGAGACUAUGGCUACUUUAGAUAUGCUGUUCACUAAAUCUGGCUCUGCCAUCGUUAAUCAAUAA